AUGUAUCGGACGAUCUACUAUACCUUUCCCAGAGACGAUGAAGCAAAUGUCGAAAUCGAGGCUGACGCCGAGCGCCAGUUCACUAUGAAGAGCGCAACCGAGAAAUUCGCCGUCGGCGAUGUGGAUGCGCCGCUUUCAAGAGGUAACUCGAAAAAUUUCAAGCCGAGCUCGGUUUGUUUGGCGAAGAUGGUUCCAGAUCUGGAUGGUUCUAAACUUCAUUGA